AUGUCUUUCUUACGCCGCAAACAACCUGCUGAGAACCCGAAAGAGAGACGCUUGUCGACUUUAAUACAGGAAACUCCCGAACACGCACGACCACCCCGUCCUACUUCCAGGGGUGGGCAAGUUUCGGGCUCAACACCUGGAAUCAUUCUGCAUGCUGAGGGAGCGAAGGGUUACUCCACGCCGAACGCAAAUGAUGCCCAUUCCUCUCCAGUCCCUGAUCAACCAUCAAGAGACCGUAAGCGAUCCCGCGACGAUUUGCAAACACGAGGCUCGGCGGGCGUCCGACGGUAUACUGCCGAACCCACAUCUAUAGACGAGCCUUCACCGGAGAUAAUCCACAGUACUGCAGAGCUUGCGCAGCUCGGUGGGACCGACAUUAGUAGCCUGCAAGAAAUUCCCGAUGAGGACGACUCCCAAGCCCCAGAAGGUGCGGAUCACAAUGCAAGCGAUACUAUAUCACCCAUUGGCCUCCAAGUCGACGAUAAACCUCAUAACCUGCGCAAUUCUAACCACACGAUGGGCCGUGCGGAAGUAGACCCCGACGCCUAUCUGCCUGAAGCCGACCACGUUACCGAUAGGCACGUUGGUGAUGUUAGGAAUAACGUGCUUGGACGUGGAGAUAGAAGCUUUACGGAUAAAGGCCGCGAGGUCGCAGCUCCCUCCCCUUUAGAUGUUGUUGUCGACGAGCAGCAGCCUCAUACCCGUGAGGUGCGAGAAAUUGCCGAAAGUAGCGGAGUUUCCGAGAAUGACUCUACGUUAAACGCCAACCCUCAGAACGAAUCGAACAUAUCGUCUGCCCAUGAACACGGCGACGUUGGGAACGCUCCCGGGUCGAGGAAUCACCACGACGUCACGCCAUUGAGGGAUUCAGACGCUGACAGUUUAUCCCCCCCAGAGAGACUGGCCACCACGGGAACUGAUGGGAAUAGGAAGGUAUUUAGCCGGCUUCUGAAUUUCCGAAACAAACAGAAAGAGGUAGCCGCGUACAUGAAAAAGGCCGGGAAGAUUUUCAAGGUAAAAACUGAAGACCUUAAGGAGGACGAUGUCAUUAUUGCCAUCAUGGGACCUACUGGUGCUGGGAAGAGUUCCUUCAUCAACAUGGCGACCGGAAAUGUCACUGGGGUAGGGCACGAUCUAGAAUCGUGUACCAACUCCAUCGAUAUCCUCAAAUUCCAAUGCAUUGAGCGGAGCAUGCAGGACAUCAUCUUCGUGGACACACCCGGGUUCGAUGAUACCCAUAAAUCGGACGUAGAAAUCCUCGAGAUGAUUGCUGGUUGGCUGAAGCAAACGUACGAGCAAAACGUUAAACUGGCCGGCAUCCUCUAUUUCCAUCGAAUAACGGACAAUAGAAUGGCCGGUACUCCACUGAAGAACCUUCAUAUGUUCGAGAAGCUGUGCGGCAAGGACGCGCUGCAGAACAUCAUCCUGACGACGACGAUGUGGGACGAGGUCGACGAAGCAACGGGAGAGCAGAGGGAGAAAGAGCUCGAGCGGCAUUACUGGAAGACGAUGAUCAGCCAAGGAUCCAAAACGAUGCGCCAUAAGAACACCGACAAGUCUGCUUGGGACAUCAUCGACAGCAUCGUCGUUGGUCACAAUGAGCGGUAUGCCGUCGAGUUGCAGAAGGAGCUGGUUGAUUUGGAGAAAGAACUUCCGGAGACGGGCGCCGGGAAGGAACUCUUCAAUAAGCUCCAGGCCCUGGUGAAGCGGCAGCAGGAUACUUUACAUCGCCUUCGGGAUUCGAUGAAGAAGCACGACGACGAAACCGUUCUGAAUGCCUUGAAGGAGGAGUACGAAGAACUUCGACUGCAGACGGAGGCAACGGUCAAGGAAAUGGAAGUGCUGAAGAUACCCAUUGGGAAGCGCUUACGCCGCCUCUUCACUUCGACUCUGGGAUUCUUCAAACUCCUCAAGAAAUGA